GACCUUUAGUGUUCACGUUUUCUUUGAAUGUUUUGUUAAGGUAAUCUAUUUUAAAAGGGACUAAGCAUCUGAUGGAGAUAAAUCAGGGUAAAGUACUAAACACUAAGUUUACCCCCGAUAGUUUGCAAUAUAAACCUUCUGAUAAGAAUUAUUUAGCUGUUGGGAGUUAUGAACUUGAUGCCGAAGCACAAACUAAAGCAGGUCAAUUAACAAUUUAUAAUUUAAAAGAAGAGCCUUCUAUAGAAAAUUCAUUUAAUAUUGAAAAGGGUGCAUUGGAUUUAAAAUGGAUUUCAGACAAAUGUGUGAUAAUGGCAACUGGCACAGGAAAAUGCGAAAUGGUUGACAUUAUUAAUGAUACUUCAAAAAACUUACAAUUAAGUGACGGCCUAUGUUUGAGUAUUGACAACUCACCAGAGACCUACUAUUUAAGUGAUUCAAAAGGUUAUUUAUACCUAAUUGAUGCGAAAACCUUUACUUCAAGCUCACAAGUCAAAGGAUGCGAUUACGAAGCAUGGACUAUUCAUUCAGACAUUAAAGAUGCAAAUAUAUUCUAUAGUGGGGGAGAUGAUUGCAAAUUUAAAAUGUGGGAUAAAAGGAGUAUGACACAGUGUUUCAGUAAAACUUUUGAUAUGGGAAUAUGUAGUGUAGCUUCACAUAAAUCAAUAGAAAACUUGGUAGCUUUCGGAAGUUAUAAUGAAGUUAUAUACUUCUGGGAUAAAAGGGUAAAGAAAAUUCUAAAUGAGAUUAACGUAGGUGGAGGUGUAUGGCGAUUAAACUGGCACGAAGAAUUUCCAAGUAUACUGUCUACUGCAGCAAUGCAUGGUGGUUGUAAAAUAUUAAAAUAUGCAGCAAAACCCGAAAUUCUUUGUUCCUAUAAACAUCACGAAUCGAUGGUUUAUGGUAUUGAUAUAAAUUACAAUGUAGUAGCCUCUUGCUCUUUUUAUGAUCGUAGUCUUCAGUUAUGGACUGUACCAGAGAAUUUAAUAAAAGAAUCUAAAGAUGCAGUUGUUACAUAAAUAAUGAUAUCAUGCACUUGUUUAAUUUUACCAAAUAAACAAAUAGUAAGCCUUUCCUGAC